CAUUUUUUCGGGACAAAGGAGGAACACACCCACAUAACAGCGUCUUCAGAGGUCCAACAAAAAGCAGUUGGGAGCUAUUGUAAAGCGUCACUAUGAUCCACCUGAGGAACCUGCACUAACUACCAAAAGCUGGGAGUUUUCACAAGCUGGAAACAGCGAGACUAGUUGAAAUGAUGGCAGAUCAUGGAAACCUUUGCAAUGGGCAGGAAGCCACCUACUGCAUGAAUGGAGGGACAUGCUAUAAUAUACCUUCCAUGAACACACUCUCCUGUGUGUGCAAUGAAAAUUACAAAGGCAGCCGAUGUGAGCAUUUCCAGCUCUUUAGCAGUUCCACCAAUCCAGAGGAAGCAGGGUUAAUUGCAGCCGUGAUCAUUUUUGUGCUCCUCAUUUUAGUGGUGCUGGCAGUUGUUAUCUACUACAUACACAAGAUGCUGAAAGACAAGCAACAGAGCAAACAGAACAAUCAGCAACAGUAUUGGAGAGUAAAACCCGGAGUAUGAUUUUUGUGUGAUGUACAUUUCUUCUACUUUUACACUAAUCUUAAACUGAUUAUCAUCAUCUCAUGAGAUUUCGAGUCCAUGCUGUUUGCUACAGAAAGGUGUAAUUAAAACACACACACACACCUUUUUUUAACACUGCUAUGAAGUCGGUACUGGUGUUACUCGUGUUAAAUCGCAUUUCAAUCAAUGUGCUUUGCCUGAAAUGUAUUUACAAAACAUAGUUGGACUAUGUAAAAAUAUUUUGUGAAAUAUUCUUCUAAAUAUUGAUCUUGAAAUAAGGAAUUAUGAAAUAACCCCUUGUACCAAUCAAUGUGUUCAAUAUGCUAUUAGUAAAUAUGUUGUUAUUGUUUAAAUAUAUGAUCCUUACUAAA